AUGGAAAUUGGAGAGAUAGUUACAGAGCUUGCUGCUUUCACAGGCGUUUCGUCACUAUGCGCAUUUGGAUGUGAGAGCGGCAGACUUGGUAUCUUUGAUGCUGAAAACUGUCGUAUUGUGUAUGAUAAUAAGUUUCAAUUUCCAAUUACAGGUUUAACAACAGAUGACGAAAAAAACUUAUACUUCACAGAUACAAAGUCAAUAUACAGAUAUGAUAUGAGAUCUUCAGACAAGCCUCAAAACAUUUAUUCCUCAUCUAAGGAAAUAUUAAGUUUUUGCCUGUUUAAUGAACAACUUGCUGUUUCAUCUUCCAAGGAAGGCAUAGUACUUAGCGAUACAAGAAUAUUGAAACAGCCAUAUAAACAAGAUCCAAAUUCUUCAAUUCCUUCAUGCCACAUACAGUUCAUUGAUAAUGAAAACAUAAUUGCUUCAUAUGUUGACGGUUCUUUAAUCAAAUGGAACAAAAAUUCUGAAGAAAAAAUAGAAUUAGAAGUUAAUCCAUUGACAAAAAUCAGAAAAAUGAGAACAAUUGGAAUGGCUGCAUACAAUGACUACCUUGCAGUAGGAUACCAGUCCGGAUUUUCAAUUUAUAAAAACUUUUCAUUAAUUGAACACACAGACGGAGGCCAGAAGGCAUUACUUAAGAGCAUGAUAUAUGCUCCAUGCUUCGAAGCAGAAUAUAUUACAUUUUUGACCGAAGAUAAUAUAAUUUACCCGUAUAAUUUAGAUACUAAUACAUGUGCACCAUCAAAGCCAUUUACAGGCACAGAAAUCACUAAGAUUUCGGCUAACUAUUUAAUGAUCGUUGCAGCAGAUAAUGAAGAAGAAGGCAGAAUUGCUGUAAUGAUGCCAGAAGAUUUUAGUGACGAAUUUUUCUAA